CGGCGCAGGUGGGCAGAGGGAAGUCUUGUUUGCUGGAACCGGCUCUGAGGCGGUGGCUGCGGGAACCGGGCCCCGGCGUCCCUAGACUCCCCUGCCGGCUUCCCCUCGUCCUCCCCCGGCUGGGGGCGACCGGCUGCAGCCGCAGCGGGCCCAGUGGGCGCGGCCUGGAGUUGUCCUCACGCCGUGAUCAUGAGCCCCACGCAGUGGGACUUCCCUGUGGAGUUAUGUUGCCGGCCCAUGGCGUUUGUCACUCUGACGGGCCUGGAUGUGGUGUACAACGCUGUCCACCGAACCGUCUGGGAUGCUUUCUGUGCCAAUCGGAGGGCUGAUCGGGUACCGAUUUCUUUCAAGGUGCUACCAGGUGACCACGAGUAUCCCAAAUGCAGGCCCAAGAGAACCUCGUAUGAGUGGUACAUCCCCAAAGGGAUCCUCAAGACGGGCUGGAUGAACAAGCACCUGAACCUGGUGCCGGCCCUGGUGGUCGUGUUCUACGAGCUGGACUGGGACGAGCCUCAGUGGAAGGAGAAGCAGUCGGAGUGCGCCACCCGAGUGGAGAUAGUCAGGCAAAGCUUACAAGGGAGAAACACGAAAGUGGCCGUGGUUCUGAUUCAGAAAAAGACGCCUUUGCCCCCAGGGGAAGACGUCAUUGCUUCGGAGAGGGCUGCGGCUCUGUGUAACGCGUGUGAACUCUCGGGGAAGUCUUUGUUUGUGCUGCCGCACACCGACCACCUUGUGGGUUAUAUCAUAAGAUUAGAAAAUGCCUUUUAUGAACACGCGCAGACUUACUACUACACGGAGAUCAGAAGAGUGAAGUCUCACAAAGAGUUUCUGAAUAAAACCACACACCAGCUUUUAUUUGUGAGACAUCAGUUCAAAAUAGCUUUCUUCAACGAGCUGAAACAAGAUACACAGAAUGCACUGAAGAAUUACAGGACCGCCUAUAAUCUUGUACACGAAUUGAGAGCCCACGAAACUAAUAUCCUGGAAAUUAAGACGAUGGCAGGAUUUAUAAACUACAAGAUCUGCAGGCUGUGUUUUCAGCACAACACCCCACUGGACGCCAUCGCUCAGUUCCGGAAACACAUCGACUUGUGCAAGAAAAAAAUCGGAAGCGCGGAGCUGUCUUUCGAGCACGCCGCGUGGAUGGCUAAGCAAUUCCAAGCCUUUGGAGAUUUGUUCGAUGAAGCUAUCAAGCUGGGGCUGACAGCCAUUCAGACGCAGAACCCCGGCUUCUACUACCAGCAGGCCGCACACUACGCCCAGGAGCGGAAGCAGCUGGCCAAGACCCUCUGUGAGCAUGAAGCCUCCGUCGCGUACCCCAGCCCCGACCCCCUGGAAACACAGACGGGCGCCCUGGACUUCUACGGACAGAGGUCAUGGCGACAAGGAGUGCUGAGUUUUGAUCUUUCGGAUCCUGAGAAAGAGAAGGUGGGAAUCCUUGCGAUCCAGCUGAGAGAGAGAAAUGUUGUUCACUCUGAAAUAAUAAUAACUCUUCUGAGCAAUGCUGUUGCACAAUUUAAGAAGUAUAAGUGUCCAAGAAUGAAGAGUCAUCUAAUGGUUCAAAUGGGAGAGGAAUAUUACUAUGCAAAGGAUUAUACCAAAGCUUUGAAGUUGCUGGACUACGUGAUGUGUGACUACCGCAGCGAGGGCUGGUGGACUCUCCUCACGUCCAUCCUGACCACGGCGCUGAAGUGCGCCUACCUCAUGGCCCAGCUGAAAGAUUACAUCACCUACUCCCUGGAACUCCUCGGAAGAGCUUCAACUCUGAAAGAUGACCAGAAAUCUCGGAUAGAAAAGAACCUCAUAAAUGUUUUAAUGAAUGAAAGUCCUGACCCCGAACCCGACUGUGAUGCCUUGGCCGUGAAGACGGCGCAGAAGCUGUGGGCGGACCGGAUUUCGCUGGCCGGCAGCAACGUUUUCACAAUCGGAGUGCAGGACUUCGUGCCGUUUGUGCAGUGCAAGGCCAAGUUCCACGCCCCGAGCUUCCACGUCGACGUUCCUGUGCAGCUGGACGUCUACCUGCGGGCCGACUGUCCGCACCCCGUUCGGUUCUCCAGGCUCUGCGUCGGCUUCAACAACCAGGAGUACAACCAGCUCUGCGUGAUCCAGGAAGCGUCCAGAGCCAGUGAGGUUCUGGAGAACACGACGCAGGGGAGGAUGUGCUUAGUUCCUGGGAAAACAAGGAAGUUUCUGUUCAAGUUCGUUGCAAAAACCGAAGACGUGGGGAAGAAAAUAGAGAUCACCUCUGUGGACCUGGUCCUGGGCCACGAGACGGGGCGCUGCGUGGUCCUGAGCUGGCAGGGUGGCGGUGGAGACGCGGCCUCGUCCCAGGAGGCCCUGCAGGCCGCGCGCUCCUUCCGGAGGUGGCCCAGGCUCCCCGACAGCGAGGUUCACUGGGACAGCGUCGUGGUCCAGGCCAGCACCAUGAUCAUUUCCCGAGUUCCGAACGUCUCGGUCCAGCUGCGGCACGACCCUCCCGCCCUGACGAACGAGAUGUACUGUCUGGCGGUGACCGUGCGGUCCCAGGAGAAGAGCCGCAUCCGAGACGUGAAGCUCACCGCCGGCCUGAAGCCCGGCCAGGACGCCAACCUGACCCAGAAGACCCAGGUGACCCUGCGCGGCACGGAGCUGUGCGACGAGUCCUGCCCCGCGCUGCUCACGGACAUCCCCGUCGGGGACCUGCAGCCCGGGGAGCAGCUGGAAAAAACCCUGUAUGUGCGCUGUGGGACGGUGGGCUCCAGGAUGUUUCUCGUGUACGUGUCUUACCUGAUCAACACCACCAUCGAAGACAAGGAGAUUGUUUGCAAGUGUCACAAGGACGAAACUGUGACGAUCGAGACCGUCUUUCCGUUUGACGUUGCCGUUAAGUUUGUUUCUACGAAGUUCGAGCACCUGGAGAGGGUCUACGCCGACAUCCCCUUCCUCCUGAUGACGGACCUCCUGAGCGCCUCGCCCUGGGCCCUCACCAUCGCAUCCAGCGAGCUCCAGCUGGCGCCUUCCAUGACGUCCGUGGAUCAGCCCGAGUCACAGCUGGACAGAGUUGUCUUGCAGACCGGGGAGAGCGCCAGCGAGUGCUUCUGUCUCCGCUGCCCGGCCACCGGGACUGGCGACGGCGGCGUGGCGACCGGGCACUACGUCGUCUCCUGGAAGAGGGCCUCCGCGGCGCCCGACAUUCCCGUCGUCAGCACCGUGGUCACCCUGCCGCACGUGAUCGUGGAGAGCAUCCCCUUGCACGUGAACGCAGACCUGCCACCCUUCGGGCGUGUCCGGGAGUCGCUGCCUGUCAGGUACCACCUGCAGAACACGACCGACCUCGUUCAGGACGUGGAGAUCUCCGUGGAGCCCAGUGACGCCUUCAUGUUCUCCGGCCUCAAACAGAUCCGACUGCGCAUCCUGCCCGGCACGGCGCAGGAGAUGCUGUACAACUUCUACCCGCUCAUGGCCGGGUGCCAGCAGCUGCCCUCGCUCCACAUCAGCCUGCUGCGGUUCCCCGGCUUCACGCACCAGCUGCUGCGGCGCUUCAUCCCCACCAGCAUCUUCGUGAAGCCACAGGGUCGGCUCGUGGACGACGCCUCUAUCGCUGCCGCCUGACGUUCCCGACGGGCCCCGGGCUGCGCCUGCGGAGAGGUUGGACGGACAGAGUCCUAGGAGUGUUCGUUCUGAACUGUAGCUUUGAUCUCGGUGAAAGUUGAUUUGUUCUAUUUUUUCAUGGGUGUUGUGCCAGCUGUUCAGAGGAGCUUGGGCAUAAAAUAUUAGAAGUCUGUCCUCUGUCGCAGUCUCACGAUAUCUGACGCCCGCCAGUGGGACACGCAAGGCUGUCAGCCCCAUUGUCGUUGAAAGUCAUUUUGUGAAUCGUGAGUGCUUCUGACGGUGAGUGAUUUGCACGUGCAGUGUCAGAGGAAAACUAAGCAUCCGAGUGUGACCGGACGAGGAGAGGGGAUGCACCAGCGGCUGCCCCCCCCGCCAGGUCCCGCGUCCCCAGGAGUCCCCUUCCGAGCUGGCCGAACUGGAGGCCGUCCACCCUCAUAAAUGCAGCAGCGUGUGCUCCUGGCACCUACCCAGGAACGGAGCGCGAUUGUGGGACGGAUCCAGAAAGCUUCCAGAAGGCUUUCAUCGAAGCGGUGUGAGUUGUCCGAAACACAUCUUUGUUCACCAUCCAAACCUGCUGGAUGGGCUCGGCUCCCAGCCCAAGCAUGGACUGUCCGUAGGGCAGGUCUGUGUCCGGGUGCGAGUCAGAUCCUCAUCUGGGAGGCGGCAAGGGUCUGGUGGCCAGCCUCGUUUCCCAAAUACAGGGUUUUGGAAAAGAUACAAGGUCUAAAAAGCUUUUCGCUACCUUGUGCAGUUUGAAAAGAACCAUUUAAGGCUCUUAAAAACUCGUGUAAAUAAAAAUCAUAUCGUGAAAAUUUUCUUUGUUUAAACAUUUUAAUUUAAAACAACCUGAUUUUCUGGAAAUUUUUAUUGAAGAGUGUAGGAGUUGUCAAAAGGAAAUAAGGCUGUAAAUAAACACAUUCUCAUUCA